UACUUUUCCAGAGAGGAAGAAAAUAUAAAUACACCUGCUGUCAGCAUUGUUUUUUAAAGAGAAAUGUGGCUCAAUGGAUCUUCAGCUCAACUAAUCAGGUUCACAUGUUACCGGAUGCAAAGCUGUUUUAUUUUCUUGUUUUAAUAUUAUAAUCAUUUGAUUCUGUCUCCUAGUCAGAGAGAUGAAGGAGGACAGAAUCUGGAGCGUGUUGGCAGUCAACAUGUUACUGAGUGUCUUCUUUCUUCCAGGUGCUUUGGAGGGUUGUAUGAACCGAAUCUUCAACAUCACUACACCUAUGAAGAUUGAAGCUCUGAGUGGAUCUUGUUUGCAAAUCCCAUGCACCUAUGAUAUAAAUCAGUCCAGAUUAGACAGCAACAGUACUAUCAAUGGAUAUUGGGUAAAAAUGGGUUUGGGGUCUAAUCGAGACAGAGUUUCUUUGGACCCCAGUAGGUCAGAGAACCGCUAUCCAUUAGAAAUGAUUGGAAACAUGACAGAGCAAAACUGCACCACUCUUUUUCCUGGUUUAAACACAAGUUAUUCAGACAGAUACUACUUUUAUAUUCGAAAUGGGAGAUUGAUAGCCUAUUGUGGUCCUAUUCAAAUAACAGUUGAAGCUUCUCCUUGGAGUCCCAGCAUUAACAUCCCUGCUGAUCUGAAGGAGCAUCAGUCUGUCACUAUCAGCUGCUCAGCUUUGACUCCCUGUCCACACUCACCUCCUGAACUCACCUGGAAUCUCCAACAAGACUCUCACAGACAAACAGAGAACAACACAGAGGGAACCUUUACAACUAAAAUCCAGGAGACCAUCACUCUGUCAGACACACAUGAUGGAUACAACAUCAGCUGUUCUGCCACAUAUCCUGUGAAUGGAGGAAGCAAGACAGCAGAGACAGAAGUGACUCUCAGUGUUUCAUAUUCUCCUUGGAGUCCCAGCAUUAACAUCCCUGCUGAUCUGAAGGAGCAUCAGUCUGUCACUAUCAGCUGCUCAGCUUUGACUCCCUGUCCACACUCACCUCCUGAACUCACCUGGAGUCUCCAACAAGACUCUCACAGACAAACAGAGAAAAACACAGAGGGAACCUUUACAACUAAAAUCCAGGAGACCAUCACUCUGUCAGACACACAUGAUGGAUACAACAUCAGCUGUUCUGCCACAUAUCCUGUGAAUGGAGGAAACAAGACAGCAGAGACAGAAGUGACUCUCAGUGUUUCAUAUGCUCCUAGAAACACCUCAGCAUCCAUCAGUCCAUCAGGUUUGGUGUCAGCAGGUAGCUGGGUGGAGCUGAGCUGCUCCAGCAGAGCCAAGCCUCCUGCCAGCUUCACCUGGUUCAGGAACAGCAAACAUGGAGCCAUUAAUGUCUCUGUGGGGCAGGUUUACAGCUUCAAUGCUACUGAGGGAGGAGAGUAUUACUGUGAGGCUACAAAUGAUCUGGGUCAAGGAACAUCACCUGUGAUCUCUGUUAGUACUAAAGAUGAUCAAGUGUUUAGAUUCAGGGUCCUUAUUAUACUGACGAUCCUGGGAAUCAUAAUGAUGUGCGUUACAAACGUGAUCUUUGAGUGGUGA